GCGGCUUUGUUGGCGCGCCCGGUGGGAUGCUGCUGGAAUCGCAGUGGGAAGCAGCUGGGCUCAAAUCAGCAUCACGGCAGGGACUGCGCUGGGACUUGGUAGGUAUCCCCGAAUAAUCGGGUUAUCGUGGAGUGCCUUCCUGGUGACUAAUAACUAGUAUCUGCUUUACUUGCCCAGAGGCACGGAAGAAACAGUGGGAGUUGUACAUCGUCUCAGCCCUUCCAAGAAAAGAGGGUGUGCGGUGAUGAAUGCCCCGCGGUUUUGCUACAUCACAGCUUAGUGACUUUAUAACAUGCAAGACACUGAUGCCAGGGGGAGCUCCCCUGCAUUCCUCCGGCCUCAGAACGGGAGCAGUCACAGGUCUUCGGGGUACAUCCCAGGGAGAAUUGCUCCUCUCCGUCCCCCACCGCCCUCACAGAGCCAUGCUGCUGCUGAAUUUACCUCGGCCAGACAAGAAGCCCGGACAAGACUUCCAUCCCUACCAGUGGAGCAGCACCGCCGACAGGCAGAAGCCAACAGGCAUAAAAAUACUCUUAUUUGCUUUGCCAUUUCUAGCCUUUCACUUUUUGUUGCACUGGGGAUUUUUUUGGGAAUAGCUUCAAAAUAUGCUCCAGAUGAGAAUUGUCCUGAUCAGAAUCCUCGUCUUAAAAACUGGAGCCCUGGAAAAGAUCCUGAAAAAAGAGUUUUUAUCAAAAAAGGGGAUUUGUUUCGUCUGAACUCAGAUGCUACAGUACACUCUAUAGUUAUACAGGAUGGAGGUAUACUUGUUUUUGCUGAUGAUAAAGAAGGUUCUAAAAAUAUCACCUUGAGAACUCGAUUUAUCCUGAUAAAGGAUGGUGGAAUGCUUCACGUUGGAGCAGAGAAAUGCCGCUAUAAAUCCAAAGCAACUAUUAUUUUGUAUGGGAAAUCAAAUGAAGGUGCUGAUGUGUUAGAAUUUGGUGAAAAAUUUAUUGGAGUGGGCCCUGAAGGAACACUGGAGUUGCAUGGGCACCAGAAGCUAUCGUGGACUUUUCUGUCAAAGACUUUGUAUUUCUCAGGGCUGGCCUAUGGUCCUUAUACAUUUAAAAAGAAUUUUUCCCGAGGAUUAAAUGUUAGAGUGAUCGAUCAGGACACAGCAGAGAUUUUGGAAGUGCUGAAGUUUGAUACUCAUGAAUUUUCAGAAGAAAGCUUGAAGCUCCAGAACUUACUGAAAAAUGGAAGUCCUGGUCGCAUUAUUGCUAUUGCUGUAGGAGAUUCUGCUGCUAAAAAUCUACUGGAGGAAACCAGAGUGACUAUUCAAAAUCUUCUGGGAAGUAAGUUUGUCAGAGGAUUAAGUUACAGGCAAGCGUGGGCUUUAGUUGGUGUUAUAGGUGGUGGAAAUUCUUCCUGUAAUGAAUCAGUGAGAAACUAUGAAAACCACAGCACUGGUGGGAAAGCUCUUGCUCAGAAAGAGUUUUUCACAGUGGACGGGCAGAAGUUUGUUGUGAGAGCUUACAGCGAAUGGAAUGAUGGUGUCCCAGUUUCAGGCUUCCAGGUCGAAGCGGUAGGUGGAGUAAUACUGAAUCUUCUGGAUGAUGCUAGUAGUUGGGAGCCUGGAGACCGGAUUGUGGUUGCAAGCACAGACUAUUCAAUGUAUCAGACAGAGGAAUUCACCCUCCUUCCCUGUCCAGAAUGUACCAAGCAUCAGGUUAAAGUCAAAGAAAAUCCUCAGUUUCCUCAUGCAGGAGAAGUUAUUGAUGGAGUGGACAUGAGAGCAGAAGUUGGAGUUCUUACAAGAAAUAUCUUAAUAAAGGGAGAGACAGAAAAUACCUGCUACCGUGAAAAGGAGUGUCAGUUCUUUAGUUAUGAUACGUUUGGUGGACAUAUCAAGAUUUUGAAGAAUUUUACAUCUGUUCAUCUCUCCUACGUGGAAUUGAAGCAAAUGGGCCAGCAGCAGAUUGGAAGUUACCCUGUUCAUUUUCACCUUUGUGGAGAUGUGGAUGAAAAAGGAGGUUAUAGUGUUAAAACUUACUUGGAAGGUCUUUCCAUUCAUCACUGUUUUUCCAGAUGUGUGACUAUUCAUGCAACUAAUGGCUUGCUGAUAAAGGACACCAUUGGCUACGACACACUAGGUCACUGUUUCUUCAUAGAAGAUGGCAUUGAGCAGAGGAAUACUUUGUUCCACAAUCUUGGGCUAGUCACAAAACCAGGCACUAUUCUACCUACAGACAGAAACAGCAGCAUGUGUAUUGGUAUUAGGGAUAAAGUGUAUGGAAACUAUGUCCCAGUGCCAGCCACAGACUGCAUGGCAGUUUCGACAUUCUGGAUUUCUCACCCCAACAAUCAUCUUAUAAAUAACGCAGCAGCAGGCUCACAGGAUGCUGGAAUAUGGUAUUUGUUCCACAGGGUUGCUACAGGAGAUUCUCAUAGUUUAGCCAUUGAAACCAAAUCAGAGCUUACACCCCUAGGAAUCUUCUAUAACAACAGGGUUCAUUCUAAUUUUAAGGCUGGUUUGUUCAUUGAUAAGGGUGUUAAAACAACUAAUGCUAGUGCUGAUGAUCCCAGAGAAUAUCUUUGUUUGGACAACAAUGCAAGGUUUCGACCUCAUCAAGAUGCAGACCCUGAAAAGCCUCGAGUUGCUGCCCUGAUUGACAGUUUAAUCUCUUUCAAAAACAAUGAUCAUGGGGCCUGGGUCAGAGGAGGGGAUAUCCUCAUUCAAAACUCAGGGUUUGCUGACAAUGGAAUAGGUUUGACAUUUGCUAGUGAUGGGAGCUUCCCAAAUGAUGAAGGUGCCAGCCAGGAGGUAUCAGAGUCACUGUUCAUAGGUGAGAGCAAGAAUUAUGGAUUUCAAGGUGGCCAAAAUAAAUAUGCAGGAACUGGAGGAAUAGACAACAAGGCACGCACUCUGCCUAGAAAUCGGACAUUUCCAAUCAGAGGCUUUCAAAUUUAUGAUGGACCUAUUCACCUUACUAAGUGCACGUUCAAAAACUUUAUGCCAACUCCAGACAGAUUUACCAGUGCAGUUGGGUUCUUGAUGAAAAAUCCAUGGCAGAUGACACCAAAAAAUAAUAUUUCUCUUGUGAAGUUUGAUCCAAACGUUUCUUUGAAAGCCUUCUUUGGAAAGCCUGGUCCCUGGUUUGAAGAAGGAGAUCUGGAUGGUGACAAGAACUCAAUAUUUCAUGAUCUAGAUGGUUCAGUGACUGACUACAAGGAUACCUAUGUGGGCAGAAUGGAUAAUUACUUGAUUCAACACCCCAAAUGCAUUAAUAUUACAAAAUGGAAUGGAGUAGUUUGCAGUGGGAACUAUGCACAGGUUUAUGUCCAAACCUGGAAUGGACAGAAUCUUUCCAUGACUAUCAUCCGAGAUGAGUACCCAGCCAAUCCCAUGGUUCUUCGAGGUAUUAAUCAGAGAGCUGCCUUUCAGCAAUAUCAGCCAGUAGUGAUGCUCCAGAAGGGCUACACAAUACAUUGGAAUGGAAAAGCUCCAAACGUCACCUAUCUAUAUCUCAUUAACUUCAACAAGAAUGACUGGAUUCGUGUUGGUCUUUGUUACCAACCAAAUGCAGAUUUUGUUAUAGUUUUGGAAACCUUUCAGAGGCGGUCAUCUGCUCUGUCAAGCAAGGUAGAGCGCUACGUGCCUGUCUCUUCGAUUAUGGAGCUUGAAAAGAAUCGAUCAGACAAGAAGUUUUACUUUGACAACAGUACUGGAUUACUGUUUUUAUUUCUUCAAGCCAAAUAUAAUAGGGAUGGUCACAGUUAUUGCUCAUCUCAGGGAUGUGAAAGGAUCAAGAUUGUGACCAAAGAUUCAGCAAAAGGGAUAAGUAACUGCAUGGCAAAAGCUUACCCAAAGUACUACCAAGGACCAACUAUCAUAAAGCAGAUGCCAGCAAAAACUACUGUACCAUGUACAAAAUGCGGCACAACUCAGAUGGUAUUCACCAGUGACCCUCACAAAAACUACCUCCUUGUGCAGAUUAAUUCGUGUGAUGCAAAAGAAUCAAGCAGGGGUCAGCAAGCAUUUAUAUCUGUCAAUGACACCAUGUUUUCCUUCAAGGAUAAUGGUAUACUUACUGUUAUAAUAGAUGCCUGCGCUGGCACAGUGUUGGGAAACAAAUUAUUUUCUGGAAUAGACAUUAAGCAUGUAGGUGGAUAUUUAAAAUCUGGAAUUCCACAAAGGUCUAUUGUUCUACUGAGCACAAGAGGUGAUUUAGAAAUUCCUAAUAAUUUGGCAGAAGCCUUAAUGUCCCUGGGGACAGCGAAACCACCUUAUCUUCAGAGCAACGGAAGCCUGGCCUUCCUGGGCUUCAGAGGAAGCUUUAAGCCAUCCUGGAUUAAGCUGUUUACUGGUCCUGCUGGGCAUGGGCUCGUUCAGAUAGAAAAGUAUAUCCCUUUACAACUGGAAGAGUAUGGCUGUGCCAGAGCAAUCAAAAGCCGACGGAAAGACCUCGAGCUUCUGAAGAAGGCUACAAGAUCUCGUUAAAGACUUAAGAUGUACAUAAAAGCUGGGGAAAAAAUGUGAACUAACUUAUUUUUUAAUUUAUGACAUUUAAAACUAUAUUGUUAUCCAAGUAAAUCAUGUUGUUGUCUGACAGAUGUUUGCCAGCAUUGACUGCUUGAAUGCCAAUCUGUGCACCUUCUAGUUGUAUAAAAUAUUAAAGAAUUUAUUAGUAUUUGUAUAAACAGGUUUCAGAGAUUUUUCAGAUGUUUGUAUUUACUGUAAACAAUUUUGUUCUGUUUAUUACUCCUUUUGUAUGUAAGACGGUGUUCAUAAAAGCCUUAAAUUUUUAAUAACAGAUGUUGGAGUGCAUCUUGGAUUACUUGAAUGAUUUACAUUAAUGCUUCCAUAAGCAGCUUGAAUUGAUCAUUAUAACUUACACAUUUUCCCUCAGCUGUUUAGGUGUUUUUUAAGAGUUAAUUUAGCAGUCAGCUUAGUUACAUUCUCAGUCUGCUUUCCAGCAUGUUAAAACCCAAUUUCCCUUAUGCAGGUAGCUGAUUUAAGGGGUUUUAAUUGCAGUAAAAUUUUUACUUUCUGUGUGAAAGAUGGAGGGGGAAUUCAAAGAUCCAGCCUGGGGCUGGGUGAGGAUUGUGUACCAUGCAACAGAGUUUUUACAAGGCUAUGUGUACCAACAUGGCAUGCAGAACAGGAAAUUACUACUGUUCUUUAGGAUCAUUGUUUAUUAUUCCCGCUGAAUACACAGGUGUGUCUGUGAGAGUUAUUGUAGUAAAUAGUCUAGAUUUUAAGGCUGCAGUCUCGAGUACAGUUUGACUUCGGCUUAGUCUUUUAAAGCUUGUAGCUAGAAGGGCAAAGCUGAGAUUCUGUUAAUCUCAAUUUGUUAGGAAACUGUUUCUACUCUUGCAGUGAUUUUUCUUUUUUUUAAUUUGAUAGGCUAUCCCAGGUUUAACUUAUAAAUAAACAGAAAGUGCUCUCAGUUCAUUCAGGCAUAUAUCUUCAGUUCAUUCAGGUUAUAUCUUUUGCCUUAACUUUGAUCCUUUUAGUAUACUCAUGUUGUUAAUUCCUAUUGACUUUAUAUUAGGUCAGUUUGAUUUUUUUCUGGUUUUGUUGCAAUUAUUUGGCCCUUCCUGCAGAUAGUGUGAAAAUCAUUUAGAUGAACAGAGGCACAGCUGCCCCUUUUCAGGAUCCUAGUCUUUGAAA